CAAUGGUUGCUUGUGGGAGAGAGACAGAAGAAGAGAGAAGGAAAAAUAUUGGAACUAGAACUACAAGAGAAGUAGAGAGAGAAACUGGUCAAUUCGGCACACCCAUGCCCUUACUGAGUCACAGAGAGAGAGAGAAAGAAAGAGUCUCUGAACCGAUCGAGUCCAAUUAUCUGUCUAUCCCAAUCCCCGCCCCAAAACAAACCCUCCAACACAAACAGGCGUGAAAAAAAUGGAGAAGAAAUUGGGAGUAGUCUCCUUUACUACUACUAGUUCUACUUCUAGUAUAGUAACCCGUAUCGACGCCACUACCUUCCCUAUCUUCUCCAACCCUAACAAUAACAAAAGAGCAUCCAAACCUGCCUUUUAUCUUCCCCCACCCCCACCCCCACCCCCACACCCGCCUUCUUUUUCCCCAUUACAAAUACCGACGCGGAUGUGAUUUGUUUGUUUAUAUCCAUGUGUUCAACCACCCAUUAUUAUUCCCACCCCUCAAUUUCACCCCUCUUUCGCCCCUCCCUUCUUCGCCGACUUUCUUGAUUCUCGGGAUCUUGAUGCUGUGUGUUGAUUCCUGAUUCAAUACAUUUAUCCAUGCAUGGUAACAUUGAGUUGUUGCAAGUGAAAAUUUUGGAAACUAUUUAAAUGGACCAGUCUAGAGGCCCUCGAUUGGAGGGAAUUGGAAUUGCUGCAAAGAGAAAGAGAAGCCAAACUUCACGAAGACCUAAACCUGAGCCUGAGCCUGAGCCUCACCCACAAUCGGAUUCCCCCAAGUCAUCAACACCAGUUUCAGAUGAUACAAGUAAGAUGUCAAGUGAUGAAAACAUCUGCGAUGGUAAGUCUGGGGGAAAGAUGUUCAAUUUGAACCAGUGUGUGUCGAGGUCUUUGCCAGUCAAUGGAUCGGAUGGCGGAUCUAGCAUGAUUCCACAGGAUGGAGAUGGUGUUGAAAAUAAAGUGAAAAAGGUUAAGUUGAAAGUUGGUGGUGUGACACGCACUAUCCAACCCAAAGCCACCUCUAAUGGGAUGGCGGGCCGCAAUAUUUCAGUAAAGACUAACCAGCUCUCUGAUGAUGCUCGGCUACAACAGAGGCUGACUUCUCAGGAAAGUUCAGACGAAUAUCAUUCUCCGCCGACUGAUAAGAAAAGUGGUCUACAAGGGAUCCCGUGGAAGGAUUUCUCAAAAGGCAGUUUCAGCAUUGGGGCAGAGGAUAUGGGGAGGCCAUCAACAAGGAUUGCUUCGGAUAAUCAAGGGGGUAAAUCAGAAGCGGUUCGCAAGAGCAAAAGAGCUCCUAAGAGACGCGUCUUGGACGACGAUUUCAAUGAAGAUGAUGAAGAUGAUGAGAUCCGGUACUUGGAGAAACUCAAGAAUUCAAAGAUGAGUGGAAAUAAGGGCUCAGAGGCACUCUCAGCCAGAAAACCACAGAGAGGGGUUAAGCAUGACAAUAUGGAAGACGGUGGAAGGCUUGGUAAAGAUGCCAGGAAGUCGAGAUCUGGAGACUUCGCUUACGAGGAGGACGAGGAGGAGGAAGAGGAAGAACCCUUGUCUGACGGUGAAUCUGAAGGGAAAAGGAAGAAGAAACAGAAGAAGGACCUCUCAGAGUUGCCCACAGACACCAAGAAAGAAAUUGCACUUACAACUCGUCAAAGGGCCCUUUUGAACAAAGAUUCCUCUUCCCCAUCCGGUGCAAAUCAGAUCGAGUACCCGAAUGGUCUACCGCCAGCUCCAUCUCGAAAACAAAAGGACAAAGGAUCUGAAGUUGAUCAACAAUUGAAGAAGGCAGAGGCUGCUCAGAGGCGAAGGUUGCAGAAUGAAAAAGCAGCCCGUGAAAUAGAGGCUGAGGCGAUUAGGAAAAUACUUGGUCAAGAUUCAAGCAGGAAGAAGAGAGAAGAGAAGAUGAAGAAACGGCAGGAAGAGUUGGCACAGGAGAAGGCUGUCAGUGCUCAAAUGCUUGCAUCAAACACUAUUAGGACAAUCAUUGGACCUUCUGGGACCACUGUCACAUUUCCAAAUGAAAUGGGCUUGCCUAAACUUUUUGAUCCCAAGCCUAUCAGUUAUCCUCCUCCGCGGGAAAAGUGUGCAGGUCCAUCCUGUACAAAUCCUUACAAGUAUCGGGACUCCAAAUCGAAGCUUCCCCUUUGCAGUCUGCAGUGUUACAAGGCAAUCCAUGAAAAGAUGCAGAAGGAGGAAGCAUCCUGCUAAAGUUAUGGUGCUAAUUUUUUCUCCUGUAGUGUUAUUGUAAAUGUUAUUGCUGCUGCUGCUGCUAUGUUAUGUUGAGAUGCUUGGAAGCACAUUGCAUCCAAUUCUCCUAUCCUUUCUCAAAUGCAAAUGGUAGAAAGGAUCAGGCAUUAGUUACCUUUACUUACUGAUAUAUUUCAAUUUGCAGUAGAGAAGACCAUCAUCAUCUUCUUGUGUAUCCAACUAUCCAUUAGAGCUAUAAUCUGGACAUGAAAACUCUUACUGCUAUCAAAGUUUAUUUACCCUCGAAAGCUGUCUGGUGUCGCAUUCUAGACUGUUGCUUAUUCAGGCAUA